AUGCGGUGGUGCAUUUCUUCGCCCUCGUCGCGUGGCAGGGUUGCCAUUUUCGAGCGGGGGAACGGCGAUGUGGUCGAGGUAGGGUACGACAUGCUAGUGGGCGCGGACGGGGUCAACAGUCGCGUGCGCAAGUCGCUUGAGGAGAGUGUGCCCGACUUUACCGUCCGACAGCGAGAGGAUCACAUGGCCUUCAAGACGAUCGAAAUCCCGAUCAUGGGCAUGGAGGAAGCAGACGAGAGCUGGAAAGAGCGCUUUCACGUCAUCAACUCAGAGGUCGGGUGUAUUGGUGCCGCUCCGCGUCCAGGCGGCAAGCUCACGGCGGUGGUUAUCCUACCCAGCUCCGGCAAGACUUCAUUCGGCGCGCUCAUGAAGACCACGCAAGACGUGCGCGGGUUCUUCGGACGCCACUACCCCAGCGCCUUCGGCGGCGAAGGGCCUAGCGUGGAGGUUGCCAAAGACUUCCAUGAGCGACGGUGGGAGGGUGUGGGAUUGCCACCUACGUAG